AUGGCUUUCAUUCAACACAACAUAAGCCACACUAUAGAGAAGCCCUUUGUCUGUCACAAAUGUGGUAGGGCCUUCCUCCAGGUGUCAGAAUUGACAUCCCACCAGCAAACUCACUGUGGAGAGAAGCCUUAUGAAUACCAGGACUGUGGGACUUUGUUCAGCCAUCCAUCCCAGUUGAAUGUGCAUCUUCAAAUUCAUCUGGGGGAGGGACCUUAUGUGUGUUCUGAAUGUGGCAAGGCUUUCCUGCAGAAGUCGGUACUCAGGACACACCAGAGAAUUCACACAUGGGAGAAGCCUUACAAAUGUACUGACUGUGGGAAAGCUUUUGCCUCUAAGCUUCAACUCCAGGAGCACAAGCGAAUUCAUACAGGAGAGAAGCUCUAUGUGUGCACUGAAUGUGGGAAGGCCUUCCAUCGUAGGUCAACUUUCCAUAAUCAUAAAAUAACUCAUACUCCGGAAAGAUGUUUUGUCUGUCGAAAAUGUGGAAAGGCUUUCCUGCAGAAGUCAGCACUGAUAACCCAUCGGCAAACUCACAUUGGAGAGAAGCCUUAUAAAUGCCAAGAUUGUGGUAAAUUGUUCCGUGCUCCAUCCGAACUGAAGGUCCAUCUUCGAAUUCACACGGGCGAGAGGCCUUAUGAAUGUCCAGACUGUGGGAAGUUGUUCCAUAAAACAUCUACGAUGAAUAUGCAUCUUCGAAUUCACACCAGUGAGAGGUCUUAUGAAUGUGAAGACUGUGGGAAGUUGCUCCGUACUCCUACUGAACUGAAGAUCCAUCACCGAAUUCACACAGGUGAGAAGCCUUAUGAAUGUCAAGACUGUGGAAAGUUGUUCCGUACUCUGUCCGAACUGAAGAUCCAUCGUCAAAUUCACACAGGUGAGAAGCCUUAUGAAUGUCAAGACUGUGGGAAAUUGUUCUGUACUCCGUCCAAACUCAGGAUCCAUCGUCAGGUUCACACAGAUGAGAAGCCUUUUGAAUGUCAAGACUGUGGAAAAGCCUUCACACAAAAGUCAGAGCUCAGUAAGCAGCAAAGAAUUCACACCCGAGAGAAGCCUUACAAAUGCAGUGACUGUGGGAAAGCCUUCGCCUCUAAGUUCUCCCUCCUAGAACAUGAACGAAUUCACACAGGUGAGAAACCUUUUGUGUGCACUGAAUGUGGGAAGGCCUUCAGUACAAGGACAGGUUUCUGUGUGCUUAUAAUGAGUCACAGUGGGGCAAAGCCAUUUGUCUGUGACGAAUGUGGAAAGGCCUUCCUCCAGAAGUCAAACUUGACAGCCCAUCAGCGAACUCACAGUGGAGAGAAGCCUUAUGAGUGCCAAGACUGUGGGAAAUUUUUCAGUACAACAUCCAGCCUGAAUGUGCAUCAUCGGAUUCACACAGGUGAGAAGCCUUAUGAAUGUAGUGACUGUGGAAAAGCCUUCUCCACAAAGGCACACCUCUAUAUACAUCUGAAAGUCCAUACUGGAGGAAAGCAUCAUGUGUGCCGAGAGUGUGGGAGAGCCUUCAAGGACGAGUCACUGCUCCACACACACCAAAGAGUUCACACGGGGGAGAAGCUUUACAAAUGUAAUGACUGUGGGAAAGCCUUCUCCUCUAAGUCCGGACUCCAAGAGCAUGAACAAAUUCACACAGGAGAGAAACCCUACGUGUGCACUGAAUGUGGGAAGGCCUUCCAUAGAACAUCAGGAUUGUAUCGUCAUAGGAUGACUCACCCUGGGGCACGCCCUUUUGUCUGUCACCAUUGUGGGAAGGCCUUCAGUAGCAACACUCGUUUCUAUGUGCAUAUGUUGAGUCACAGUGAUGCAAGGCCUUUUGUUUGUGACCAUUGUGGGAAGGCGUUUCUCAAGAAGUCAAACUUGACAGCCCAUCAGCGGACUCACACUGGAGAGAAGCCUCAUGAAUGCCAAGAAUGUGGAAAAUUGUUUAGUACAACAUCCCAUCUGAAGGUGCAUCAUCGGAUUCACACAGGGAACCGGAAGCACUUGGAACGCCAUGCUGACUACUGGCAGGGCCGCUGCAGCUUCCGGAGUGCCAGUUUAAGCGGCUUGGAGAACUCCAAACGGAAAUCCAAGUGA